AGACGAGACUCGAACGAGGACUGGGAAAUCCCAAAAGACGACAUCAAAGAGGGUCCUAAAAUUGGGUCAGGGUCAUUCGGGACGGUCUUCAAAGGUCAGUGGUAUGGUCCGGUGGCUAUCAAGAAGUUGAAUGUCCAGGAGCCCACUCCCGCGCAACUACAAGCAUUCAAAAACGAAGUCACAGUUUUGAGGAAAACAAGACACGCCAACAUUCUGCUGUUCAUGGGAUGCAUCUCGAAACCCGAGCUAGCCAUCGUCACUCAGUGGUGCAAAGGCUCCAGCUUGUACAAACACUUGCACGUUGAGGUCAACAGAUUCGAGUUGAGUCUCCUCGUAGACAUCGCCAGGCAGACUGCUCAAGGGAUGGAUUACCUUCACGCCAAGAACAUCAUUCAUCGUGAUCUGAAGUCAAAUAAUAUAUUCCUUGACGACAACUACUGCGUGAAGAUUGGAGAUUUCGGACUGGCGACCGUGAAGCAGAGGUGGAGUGGAACUGGAUCCUACCAGUGUCAACAACCUUCCGGAUCUGUCAUGUGGAUGUCUCCAGAGAUCAUCCGCAUGAAAAACUCCGACCCGUACACUUUCAAGUCGGAUGUCUACGCGUACGGAAUCGUACUCUAUGAGCUGGUCUCCGGUCAGCUGCCUUACAAGAUCAGGGAGAGGGAUCAGAUAAUGUACUUGGUAGCGACGAGAAGAUUGAAACCUGAUCUGACCCAGGUGAGGUCUGACAUUCCCAAGUCCCUGGUCAACCUGCUCGAGAGAUGUAUCCAGUUUGAUCCCGAAGAAAGGCCGCUGUUUCAUGACAUCCUGAGAUCUUUAGAGCAACUAGUCCUGAAGAUGCCGAAGACCACACGAUCCACCUCCCUGCCGAACCUCAACCGGUCGUCGACGUUCGGUGGCGACGACGGCGACUACGACAACAUCAACUGCAUGAGCCCCAGGACCCCCAUCACAUCCGACCACUUCUACUCCUACCCUAACAAUAACAAUAUUAAUAUUAUUAAUAAUAUUACCAUCGCUAAUAAUAAUAAUAAUAUCGCUUUUCGUUGA